AUGGGAUUUAAAGAUAUUAUAGAUAAAUUAAAAAUUCCAGAUUCUGACACAGUCACUACAGAUAAUUGGAAAUCUCCAGAUGUUAUUUGUUUACCACCUCAUAGAAGAACUUGGGGUCAUUUAGAUUUCUUAGGAUUUUGGAAUGUUAUUGCACUAAGUAUUACAACAUGGCAAUCUUGUUCCACUUUACUAUCAUUAGGUUUGAAUGUUUGGCAAUCAAUGAUUUGUAUCAUAUUAGCUAAGAUUAUAAUUUUCGCAGUGGCAAUUUCUCAUGGUUGGGCUGGUGCAGUUUGGCAUAUUGGUUAUCCAGUUUAUGCAAGAUUUACUUUUGGUAUGCUUGGUUCAUAUUUAGCAUUGAUUCAAAGAAUUGUCUUAUGUAUUGUUUGGUAUGCGGUGCAAUCUUUUACUGGUGCACAAUUAAUUAGUGUGUUGUUAUCAUGUAUUUUCCCAACUUUUAAUAGAUUGCACAAUACAUUACCAGAAAGUUUACCAAUGACAACUAAACAGUUUGUUGGGUUUAUUAUCUAUCAUGUUUUAUCAAUUCCAUUCUUAUAUAUCCCUCCAGAAAAAUUCAACAAACCUUUUAAAGUUGUUACUUUCAUUUCAUUCAUUACCGUUUUCGGUACUUCAAUUGGUUGUAUGGUUCAAGCUCAUGGAGCUGGAGAUUUAUUACAUUCAAAGGCAACUGCAAAACCUGGUGCUGAAUUAGGUAUGAGUUUUAUGCAUGGUAUUAAUGCAGUUAUCAAUAGUUUUGCAGUUGGUUUAGCAAAUCAACCUGAUUUUUCAAGAUUUGCUCAAAAACCUGGUAAACAAGUUUGGGGUCAAGCUGUUGCAAUUUUAUUAUUUGGUACAGUUGUUCCAUUGUUUGGUAUUUUAGGUACUUCUGCAGCUUCAAAGACUUAUGGUGAUGUUGCCAAAUUAAACUUGUGGAAUCCUCCAAAUAUUAUUGAACAAUGGAUUUCUCAUCAUUAUAAUGCAAGAAAUCGUUGUGCUGCAUUUUUUGCUUCAUUAGGAUUUUUCGUUAGUACUUUAGGUUUAAAUGUUAUUGAUAAUGGUGUUAGUGGUGGUAUUGAUCUUGUUGCAAUUGCACCAAAAUGGAUCAAUAUCAGAAGAGGUGCUUAUAUUAUCAUGAUUAUUUCAAUUGUUAUUCAACCAUGGCAAAUUUUGGCUAACGCUACAGUUUUCAUCAAUGUUUUAGGUUCUUAUGGUUGUUUCUUUGGUCCAAUGAUUGGUGUUUUCACUGCAGAUUAUUAUUUAGUUAGAAAGCAAAAAUUAAAAUUAACUGAUUUAUACAAAGCUGAUAAAACAUCAAUCUAUUGGUUUUGGCAUGGAUUUAACUGGAGAGGUUAUCUAUCUUGGGUUUUCGGUUUCAUCCCAGGUAUUGUUGGAUUCCCUUCAGUUAAUCCUGCGAUGAAGAGUGUUCCAAAAGGUGCUAUCAAGACUUUUUACAUUUCAUUUAUUGUUGGUUAUGUUGUUAGUUUUGCUUCACAUUAUGUUUUAAAUUUGAUUUCUCCUCCUCCAGGUAUUGGUGAAAUUGAUGAAUAUGAUGUUUAUCAUACUUUCACAAGAGACGAAGCUGAAAAAUUAGGUGUUACUCCACAUAGUGAUGAUGAUGAAGAUUCUUCAGAUAUGAUUUUACCAAAUGAUUCAACAGAAAAACAUGAUAUUCAAUCAGUUACUAAUAACAUUUUCAAAGCCUAG